AUGCUGUAUGUAACAGAUUUUUGGGUAGCUUUGCUGCUGGCAAAUACCAGUAACAAAAAUGAUACCAGGAUGGUUUUCGAAAAGAUCGGUGAUUCCCACAAAGGUUUAGUCCCAGAAAAUUGUCAAUAUGAUCAUGCACUCGUGGCCGGCGAUAAGAUUUGGGUUUUUGGAAGGAGAUACGAGGAUCAAAAAUCGUUCAAUUGGGGUCAUCGUGUAGCAUACGUUGGAACUUACGCAAUUGCUUUCAACAUAGCUGAAAACAAAUGGGAGGACGCUAAGCCUUUCCCCGCCGUAUCAACGGAACAAAAUCUUGAUGAAAAUUUCUUCGUUCACAAUGGAACUCCCUACAUGCUGCUCUAUGCCGCAUUUGGUAGUAUUUCGCUGAAAUCUCUUUACAAAUGGAACGGAACUUCAUUUGAACCUGUGAAUUUGCAGGGUUUCGAUCCCAUUUCUGGUUCGGAAAAGUCGGUCAACGUCAAUCUAGAGAUUGCUGAUAGUCAGGACGAUAACAUAAAAUAUAUAAUAACUACAAUGGAACAUCGAAUGAGAGUGGCCCGUUUGACUUUCAGUGGCAAUGGCGCCAAAGCUGAACAUCUUUUCGACAUAGCACUAGAUGAUGGAGAAUUAGCCCUGGCAAUGGCUACAUCAGCCGUUGUUACUGGCUCACGAUUGCUUGUUUCCUAUGGAGUCACUGGUUGUGGAUUCCGAUGGACAGCUGAAGGAAUUGUUGCCUGUGAUUUGAAUUCAAAGAACUGCGAAAAGCUAGAUAUCAAUUCCGAUCCAAAACCACACUGGGGUUUCAGUGGUGCUCACAGUCACGCUCUAUUGCCUUCUGGUUCCUGGAUUCAUGCCGCUGGGGACAUUCCACAGGGAAUGACCGGUCAUGUGUACGAUGGCAGCGUUUGGGAACUAAACAACUUGAGUUCAUCGCCAACAUGGAAGAAACUCGAAGUGGAAAUUCCCAACAAGGAGGAUGGCGAAGAAAUUGUAGUCGAUCCGGCACAUGGGACCAUCUAUCUCAUUGGGAAGACACAAAUUGGCAAAGUAAAAUUCGCAUAAUUGUGCCUUAAUUUCUCCAUGUAUUCCCUGAUAAGCUAAGCAUAUCCCAACUAUGAUUUCGAGUGAUAAUGAAUUAUUGAUUAUAUGAUAUUCCAGCUCACUGGGUGAUAAUGGUUUGUGAGUCACUGAAAUAAAUAUGCCGUAAAUC